AUGGCGGCCAUGGGUGAAUUCAUGGAGGACCAUGCUUCGUGGUGGUGCGAAAUUGCCGACUUCUCGCGCAACGAGAUUGGAAAAGAUGCGCAUGUAGUGCGUGAAACCCCACCAUCGCCUCCUCUCCCCCUCCUCAUCUGGCACGGCCUAGGAGACCAAUACGACGCCCCAGGCCUCCACACCAUCGGCGAUCUCGCGCAAGAAAUUCACCCGGACACCUACGUCCACUACAUCCGCCUCGCACCCUCGGGCUCCGAAGAUCGCCGCGCGACAUUUUUCGGAAAUCUCACGGAACAACUUGAUGUUGUGUGUACUUCUUUGCGAGAGGAUGAGAGGAUUUGGAAUCGAAACCCUCAUCAUCAGAAAGUUGAUGCCUUGGGAUUUUCGCAAGGAGGGCAAUUUCUGAGAGGAUUGAUCGAGACAUGUGAAGGGUUACGCGUGCGGAGUCUGGUGACAGUGGGGGCACAACAUAAUGGAAUAGCGGCGAUUGGGAGGACGUGUGGGACGUGGGAUUUUCUGUGUAAAGGCGCUGUGGCGGUGAUGCGGGGGAAUGCGUAUACGGAGUAUGUGCAGGGAAACGUUGUGCCGGCGCAGUAUUAUCGGACGUUGAAUGAUACGAAAGAAGGAGGAGGAGAUAAGGAGGAGGAGGAGCCAGAGCCGGUGGAUGAGUAUUUGGAAUUUUCGAAUUUUCUAGCGCGCGUGAAUGCUGAACGGAAAGAAGAGAGGGAAGAGAAGAAGAAUGAGAUGUAUAAAGCGCGCUUGACCCGUUUACAGAAAUUCGUCAUGGUGGUCUUUGAAGACGAUACGACGGUCAUUCCCAAGGAAAGUGGAUGGUUUGCCGAAGUCAAUCGAACUUCGGGCAAAGUGACACUUUUGCGAGAGAGAAAACUCUAUCGCGAAGAUUGGAUUGGAUUGAAAGCUUUGGAUGAGAAAUCUGCUUUGGUCUUUGAGAGUAUGGAGGGUGAUCAUAUGCAACUCGAUGAUGAAGUCUUGUCGAGCUUGUUUGAGAAGUAUUUUGGUCCGGAAAAGGCAGCAGCAGAGGACGGUGAGACCGAGACCGAGACCUUGUAG